GAUUAUUUGCAGUUUUAUUAAAACACUCGCCUACAAAGUCCAUUAAUUAGUAAAGUACCGCUGGGACAAUUUAAAUUGUGAACAAUUUUGUUUAUGUUCGGUCCUCCAAGGACGCCGUAUUGGAUAACUUUUCGUUUCGGUUUUUGCUUCAGGAAAUCUUCGUAAGGCAUUUUGGCUAAGGUGCAAACAAAGACGUUUGUUAGCAACAAAUAAACGAUAAGCAACAUUUUUAAGCUCAAUAUGUGGAAAUGCUUUAGGCUAAAAACAAAAUAAAAUCUGAAAUUUUUGUUAUCAAAAAUAAAUAUGUAUAUUUGUUAACCUUUUUGACCCUUUUAUGAAUAUCAGUUUUCUAUGAGUAAUGCAAGACGUUUUAUUAGAAAUUUUACAGAUGGCGAAGGUAUAAUAUUCAUUAAACAAUUGAAUUAUUAUUUAAGUAUUCAACAGUUCAAUAACAAAAUACUUCAAAGAUAACCAUUGAUAUAAUACACCUAAAUUUAGAAAUAAAUGUAACUGUAAAAAGGUAAAACAAUGUAUUAGUAAGUAGGUGGGUACGCUAACCAUCAUCAUGAAGAAAUCAGCCAUAAUAAUUUUAUUAUUAUUUUGUGGCACUUUUGCGGUAGAAAUUUUAAAGGACACCACUGGUAAAGUGUCCCUCCAAUAUAACAUUGCAGAUAGCCAUAUUGAUGUGGAAUUGAUUAGAGGCGAAAAAACCCACUUGACAGGUCGUAUAGGCAAAAACAAAAAUGUCCAGCAAACCUCUUGCAUUGGAAAAUCUUUGUGCCAAAUCAACCCCACCGACCAACUACAAAUUCAGCCAAUCGAAAACGGUUUCAACAUCACGUGGUCCACCAACAGUACCGACAACAGUUUCAUCGAUUGUCAUUAUUUGAAUGCGACCAGUACCAAUUGGUUUGGCGGCCCGCAGCGGUACUACCAAGCCUGGCCCGUUGAAAAACUGGUCAUCACAGCAUCUCAACCGUAUGUCGUACGUAGAGACGACAAUUUCGGCGUGGCCGAACGGUACUGGCUCAACUCACACGGUACUUAUAUUUUCCUAGACGACCGAGUACCGUUAUGGGUCGACCAAAACAACCAACACCCAGACCAAGUAUGUUUCAUAGCUGAAGCCAAAAGCCCCUACAUAAAUCGUCAGAGAGUGGUACUGUCGUAUGUUGUAGUGGCACUGGACGAUGCUAAAACAGCUCAUUUGGAUGCUGUUAAUAAUCACUUGGGCAAACCUUCCGCGUACCCUAACGAAAAAAUGAUUGGGGAACCCAUUUGGACCACUUGGGCGAAAUAUAAAAAACCCAUCAACGAUAAGACUGUUUUGGAAUUUGCCGGUACCAUUCGCGAGCAAGGAUAUCAAGGCGGACAAUUGGAAAUUGAUGAUAAUUGGGAGACUUGUUACGGUUCACAACAAUUCGACCCAAAAAAAUUCUCAAACAUCACAAGCACGGUCCAACAACUGCACGAGGAUAAUUGGCGCGUCUCUUUAUGGAUUCAUCCUUUCGUCGACGACGAUUGUCAAAACAACUCUGCGAUUGGUCAACAGUCAGGGUACUUUGUACGCAACACGACCAAUCAAACGCUAGCGACUUGGUGGAAUAGCGACGACGCACAUCAGAUUGACUUUACUCAAAGCGCAGCCGCUAAAUGGUGGUCGGAUCGGCUCACAACUAUUCAAAACAAGGCUGGCAUUGACAGUUUUAAAUUCGACGCUGGCGAAACCGACUAUAUGAAUCAGCCUCCUGUUUACGAUGACGUAGAAUACAGUCCGAAUAUUUUAAAUCAGAAAUAUAUCGAUACUUGUAAUCAGUUUGGUGAUCUUAUUGAGUUUAGAUCAUCUUUUAGGGGUCAAAAAUAUGGAAGGUUUAUAAGAAUGCUCGACAAAGAUUCGGUGUGGGAUUUAAACAACGGUCUGGCAACAUUGAUAACCACUUUACUGCAACUGAACAUGAAUGGGUACGCAAUGGUACUACCAGACAUGAUCGGCGGCAACGGUUACAGGCAACAACCAACUCCAGAAUUAAUCGUCCGAUGGAUGCAAGCGAAUACUUUUAUGCCAUCCAUGCAAUUCAGUUAUCUACCAUGGGACUACAAAGACGAAGUUUCAUAUGAGAUCGAAGACAUCACCAGGAAAUUCAUCGACUUACACACCGAGUACGCGCCGAAAAUCGUCGAGGCCAUGAAAAAGAACGUUUUGGACGGGUCGCCGGUUAAUCCGCCGGUUUGGUGGUCGGACCCCAGUGACGUCACUGCGUUAGCUAUUGCCGACGAGUACCUGCUCGGCGAUGACGUUUUGGUCGCUCCGGUGAUCGUGCAAGGGGCGACAUCUAGGGACGUGUACUUGCCCAAAGGGGAGUGGAAGGACGGCAACAAUGGAGCCGUUUAUUCCGGGCCUACUACUUUGAUUAACUAUUAUGCGCCUAUAGAUGUUUUACCUUAUUUUGUUAGACAAUAAAUUAUUUUAUUUUAUUAUAUUUUUUUUUUUUAAUUUUCAUGAAAUCUGAAUUACAUUUGAUGGUUUCUGACAGUGGCGUAACUUCAAAUCCGGGCCCCCCCCGCAAGGAUUUUUCCGGGGCCCAUCUUUUAUGUAUAUAUAUUUUUUAAAUUUUUCUUUAUACAGGGUGUCCGUUUUAAGUGAACCACUAUUGCUAUCUCUGACACGGUAAGAGGGACAAGGUCGGUUAAAUUAGAUAAAAGUGGCAAAUUUUAGUAUUCAUUGAAGGUACCUAAGUUCACAGGGUUGCCAAAUCUUAGUACGUUUCCGAGAUAUAAAAGAAAUGUAAAAAAUAUUUAAAACUUAUUAAAUGAAUAUUUCAAAAUCUAUCAACUUUAGAAAAAAGUGUUCAAUGCAAUAGUUCCAAGAUUCUUUUUUCUCUACAAAAUGGCGUUUGUUUCAUUGGUUAGACCAGACAUACUUUUUCAAUGGUUGAUAUGAGGUUCAUAGGUUAAAGUAUUUUCUUUCAGUUUAGUACUACUCUUGUCACCAGUUAAGUACUUUCGCCUGGUCUAGGGCCCUGCGGGCCCUUAGUUACGCCACUGGUUUCUGAAUAACAUGUAUUAGAGUUACUUUUGUUAAAUCUGAAUUAUAUUUGAUGCUCUCUUUCCAUUUGACUGUUCUGAUUUCCAUUUGAUAUUUUCUGAAUAAACUAUUGUUGGAUA